AUGCCAGGAACAACAAAACCACAACCAACAACCUACAAAGGAUUUUCUGAUAAUUUUUUAAAAAUAAUUAUAAAAAAUGUCAAAGACGAAAAUGUUAAUAUAGCCAAUUUUGAUGCCUAUGAGGCUAUCGGUUUAAAAGAUAGAGCCUUGGGGCUUUUAAAAAAGAAUAAUAAUGAUGAAUAUGACGGUGAAGAAGUUAUUACAACUUCAGAGAAGAAACUUCCAACUGGCGAAAUUAAGAAAAUCAGAACAAGUAGCAAACAAGACACCGUAAUUAAACAGAUUAAGUAUCGUUUUCAUCAAACUCAGUUAAAAAAUCAUCCCGACAAGUCUAAAAAUGGAGAAGAAGUGGCAAAAGAUGGCAUAAAAGCUUGGAGCAUCCUUUCAAAUGAGACGGUUAGAAAUGAAUAUGAUAAGCAUUAUGAAGAUAUCAUUGCCGUUAAACCAAGCCCCCAAUUUAGACAAGCAGUCAAAGACAGAUUACAAAGACUCUCCCGAAAGACUGAUCCCAAUUCAGGAAACUUAGGAAACGAAGGGAAUGAUGUUGACGGAAAAAGUGAUGAGGAAGGUCUUGAUGUCAGCGGAUAUGUUCACCUUUUCCCGUCCCCAACUUUUAUUGAUAAAAAAAUUGACAAACCGAGUUCUAAGUUAGGAGUUAAUGAUGUUAACAAUUAUGCCGAACAAAUUAAAAAUAAAAUUAAACGAAUUGUCUACGGAAAAAAAGCUCCCAAAGGUUAUUAUAAGUACCAAGAUGCUCAAAAUGAAAAUCUGGAAAUACUUCGUGACUUAGACGGAAAAAGAGAAGGUGAAAAAGGAAUACUAUUAUUAGAAUUCGAUGAGCCUAAUCAUUAUCUUUAUAAACAAGUUAUCAAGAAUUGCCAAAAUUUCCUUGCUAUUAAAAAAUUGGUGAAAGAAAAAUUAACCGAGUUGAAUAAUUUAAUAGAUGCAGAAGGGGGUAAUCUUCAAGGUAAUACUACUGGCCCUCUCGAAACAAAAUUAAGAAAGUUAGGAGAAUUAGAAGAGGUGGGGCAUCAGAGCAAAUCAUCUUCUUCUUAUAGUGGAAGUUUUACUAUUGAUUACACUAAAAUGAAGUUUAAAAGCAUUUCAGAUAGCAAUUUAUUAACUGAAAUCGAUAAAAUUUUUAAAGAACUUCGGGCGGAAAUUAGUAAGAAAGGAAGCAAACCCAGAAAUAAUAACCACAAAAAACCAGGGGACCCUGGAAAAGACGCAGUUCAGGAGAUAGAACUGGCUCUUAAAGAGGCUGCCAUCGCUUCAAUUUCAGAAAAAACCAUUUUAGGGUCAGGUAAAACUUUAAAAGAACAUUUCAGAAGUUUUCAAGGCAAAUCGGCUAUUGAUGCUGAAUUUCUUCGUUUGGCUAAAUUAAUUGAUAAUCAAGGGCAAGAUAACGACCAGGAGAUUAAAAAAGGUCAAUUCCAAGGUUUGGAUAAGAAGAAAAUUGAACAAUUAAGGGAUAAUUUCAUCAAAAAAAUCACAGAUUUUGUUGCCAAAAACAAAGAUGCUGUUCGUGCUAUUAUUCAAGAAAUAGCCAAGGCCUUACAAGCAGCUGCUGAGAUUAAUAAGAAAAAAGAUAAUGGUGAAAUGAAUGAAGAUGAAGCAAAAGAGAAGAAAAAGGAUUUAGUAGAAAAUAGGAAAAAAAAUAUAACUGUAGAAAUAGCGAAAAAAACCAAGGAAGGUCACCAAAAAUUGGCAGUAGAAAUCAGCGAAUUGCCGACCCAACUUUUCGCUCCUCAUAAGAGUUUAGAAGAAAAAUUAAAUAGUUUGGAUAAAUUAGAAGAGAUUAGUGCUUUCAAUGAGAAAUUACUAGCAGCCAUAAAUGAUAAAAAAAAUGAGAAAUUAGAAGUUAUUGUUAAUGAUGCUAUUGGGGAAAUUGAACAGGAAAUUGGUACGUUAAAUAUCGAAUUAGGGAAAAAUAAAGAUUUUAAAGAAAAAAUUAAAAACUCGCGAGACCCUGAUAUUAUUGAAAUGAUUAAGCAAAAUGUUUUACAGUUAGUUAAAGAGCAAAAAAUGGCUGCUGCUCUUAACGAGACCAGUUUUUCGCAGGGAAAUCAGCCAGAAGAGCCAGGAACUUCCUGA